AUGGGACAACUGUGGGUAAGUGGCCCCAGACCCAGGGAGGAGCUAAGGCAACACUUUCGGCCUUCCCUGGAGGGGACCUGCCUGUCCCCCAUGGCUGGGCCACAGCUUCCCAUCCACCACAGGAAGCCUCAGCUCCUUGCCAGCAACCAGGUGCUGGCACGGACAGAUGCACACCCCGUGGGCUUCCCUGGCCUGCUAGGGACCUGCGGACUUCGAGCUCCACAAUCUGUCUACAGCCCCAUGACUUAUUCCUACGGCAACGCGGCUUAUGACUACGGCACGACACGCAUCGUGGGUGGUAUAGGUGCUGCGGAAGCAGAAUGGCCCUGGCUUGUCAGCAUCCAGCACCCCUGGGUACCAGGCCUGGGACAUUGGUGUGGAGGGUCACUCAUCACGGCAGAUUGGGUCCUCACAGCAGCCCACUGCUUCGACAAGUUUGAAGGGACCUGCGGACUUCGAGCUCCACAAUCUGUCUACAGCCCCAUGACUUAUUCCUACGGCAACGCGGCUUAUGACUAUGGCAUGACACGCGUUGUGGGUGGCACAGGUGCUGCAGAAGCAGCCUGGCCCUGGAUCGUCAGCAUCCAGCACCCCUGGGUACGAGGCCUGGGACAUAUGUGUGGAGGGUCCCUCAUCAAUGCAGAGUGGGUCCUCACAGCGGCCCACUGCUUUGAUGAUAUCAGUAACAUGAGCAUGGUCUACCUAGUGGUUGGAGCCACUCAGUUCACUCAGCCGGGCCCUGGGGCUGCAGUGCGCAGUGUCAAGCAGGUGCUGAUACACCAGUACUACAAUCCUGCUGACAUGAGCUACGACAUUGCCCUGAUACAAUUGGACCAUCCUGUCCUGUGCAGCUCCUACGUCCAGCUGGCCUGUGUGGCUGACCCCACCCUAAGAGUCUCAGAGCUGCAAAACUGCUGGAUUGCUGGCUGGGGUGCCACUACUGCAAGAUCUCAAGAUUCAACUGAUCGCUUGCAGGAGGCCAAGGUCCAGCUCAUUGAUGUCCAGCUCUGCAACAGCAGUGACUGGUAUGCAGGAAAAGUCCACACCCACAACUUGUGUGCUGGUUACCCGCACGGCCGCAUCGACACCUGCCAGGGUGACAGCGGUGGUCCUCUCAUGUGCCAAGACAACAAUGCUGACUACUGGUGGGUCGUCGGACUAACCAGCUGGGGAAAAGGCUGUGCCAGAGCAAUGAGGCCUGGAAUCUACACCUCCACUCAGCACUUCUAUGACUGGAUCGAUUACAACAUGCGUGUAAACGCAGUUAAAAGUGCUCCUUGA